AUGUCUACGAACAAACUAAAAAGUAGCACGCUGCUUAAGAUAGAAAGCAAGAAUGUAGAGAGAGAAAAAAAAAAAAUUAAUAAUAACAGUAUUAGUAAUAAUAAUAAAAGUAGUAGUAGUAAUAAUAAAAGUAGUAGUAGUAAUAAUAAAAGUAGUAGUAGUAGUAAUAAUAAUAAUAAUAAUAACAGUAUUAGUAAUAAUAAUAAUAAUAACAGUAUUAGUAAUAAUAAUAAUAAUAAUAGUAAUAGUAAUAGUAGUAGUAAUAACGAUAAUAGUAGUAAUAAUAAUAAAAUAGAUAACAAUAAUAACAAUGGAAGCAAUAAUAGCUUGAGAAAACAUGUUAGUCUUAAAAUAGUCAGGAAAAAAAUAGACAAUGCCCAUGCUGAUAAAAAUGUAGUAGUGGCACAGGGUACCUUGAGAGAGGAAAACGCGAAAAUUAUAAAAAACAAAAUUUUAAAAAAGGUGCAGGAUGCAAGUGAUGUUGUUGAUUGUUUAUCCUCCUCAAAAAUAAGUAAUGAUGAAAACAAAAAGACAGUUUUUAAAAAGGGUGUCCAUAAAUUGAACACACGAAAAGAUGAAACUAAUGAUACUGACGAUGAAGAUGAUAAUGAGAAUGGUAUUAAUAAUAACGACAAUGCAGAUGGAAAUACAAACAGUAACAGUAAAACCACGACUACUAAAAAAAUAAUAAGGAUAAAGAAACCGAAAGAGCAAGUAAUAAACAAACAUAGUCCCUUAAAUAAUUUCAACGAACUAAAUGCUGCAAAUGCUGAGCAUGUGGGAGAACAGUAUUACAACUCGAAUGAGAAAAGCGUAAAAAUGGAAGAUUCGGAAAACGAAAUUCUCAAUUCGAUUAUAGAGAAAAAGAGUUUUCUCAUUACAGAUCAGCCGAAUGAUGUUAAAAAAAAAAAAAAAAAAAUUAUCGUAAAAAAAGUGCCUAUCACGGAGAAGUCAAAAGUGGGGGGAAAAAUGGAGGAAAAUGCAGGUUACAAAGCAGAUGACAAACAGGACGACAAAUGCGCUUACAGUAUCCUCUACAAAACAAGCUCCCCUUCAAGCAGGAUUAGCAACAUUGGAAGAAAAAACACGAGUAGCUCUGCUGGCAAGAAUUUCGAAAAGGCGAACAACGAAAUAGGGAUGAAUAAAGCAAAAUUAGACGAGUUAAUGAAGACACACGAAAGUGAAAUAAGUAACAUAAAGAAGGAGAAGAAAAUACAGGAGGAAAAGCUAAGUAUAUAUAUUCAAAAUUUGAAUGAUGAAAUGUACAACUUAAACAAUAAACUAAAUGAUGAACUAAAAGAAAAAUACAAAAUGGAAGAAAUGAAUGAAUAUUUAAAAACUGCCAAAUCGGGAUUAGAAGAAAAAGUAAAUACAUUACAAAAAAAAAUUGAUGAAUCGAAUGAGUUGUAUAGUUUACUUAAUGAAAAAUUUGUAACAUUAGAGGAAGAAAAUAAAUUGCUAUUAGAGCGAGAUGAAGAAAAUAAUUUAAAAGUUCAAAAUUUGGAGGAGGAAAAAACAAAAUUAGAAAAAAAAUUAGAAGAAAAAAAUAUUUUAAUAAAGAAAAAAGACGAAACUAUAAAUAAGUACAAUAACGAAAUUGAAAAUUAUAAAAAUGUGCUAAAAAGUAAGGGAGAAAUGAUCUUAUUAAACAACAGUUCAUCCACAAUAGUAGAUAAGAAUUCAGCCGAAAGAAACAGCCAAAAAGAAUAUAUAAAUAAAUUAACAAAGGAAAAAAAAGAAUUAACAUAUGCUUUUAAAAAACAGCUCGAUCUAAUUGUUAUAUUAAAAAAACAAAUCAACCUUUUGGAAAAUAAUAAAAUUCUUAACAUAACUUCGAAUGAAUUUAAGAAAAUUCUCCAAGAUUAG